AUGCUGCUAAACAUACAAGCACAGAAUCAGAGAAUCACUUAUAUAGGCUGCCUCACCCAGAUUGUCUUUGCCCUGGUUUUUUGUGUAUUUGAGAAUUUUCUCCUUGCAGCAAUGGCCUACGACCGCUAUGUGGCCAUUUGUCACCCACUCAUGUACAUGGUCAUCAUGAACCCCCGACUCUGCAUCCUGCUGAUUCUUCUCUCUCUGUCUCUUAGCAUUGUGGACGCUUUGCUCCACAGUCUGAAGGUGUUACAGCUGUCCUUCUGUAAGGACCUGGAAAUCCCUCACUUCUUCUGUGAACUUGCUCAGCUCCUCAAGCUUGCCUGUUCUGAUACACUCAUCAAUAACAUCAUGGUAUAUUUUGGAACUAGUGUAUUUGCUGGGAUUCCUUUGUGUGGAAUCAUUUUCUCUUAUACUAAGAUAGUCUCCUCCAUUUUGAGAAUACCAUCAGUGGGAGGAAAGUAUAAAGCUUUUUCCACCUGUGGGUCUCACCUCUGA